UUAAUUAUUCCAUUUCUAAGAACUUCAAUUUAAUUUACAUUAUUGUGAGCAUCCACAUUAUUAGAAUUUGAAUCUUACACUGUGAUUAAAAUGGAGCGAGAGAGCACUCGGAGUAGAUCCAUCCGAAUCUGGAAACACGAAGUGUUUGUGAGUUUCAGAGGCGAGGACACUCGCAACAACUUCAUCGAUCAUCUCUUCGCCGCUUUCGAUAGAAAAGGCAUAGACGCAUUCAAAGACGAUAGAAAUCUGAAGCAGGGAGGGCACAUUUCAACUGAGCUAAUGGAAGCCAUAGAAACUUCGACGGUUCUAAUGGUGGUGUUGUCCAAAAACUACGCUUCCUCCACAUGGUGCUUGCGGGAACUAGAAAAGAUCCUGGAGUGUGCCAAGGUGCACAAAACAUCACAGGCUGUUCUUCCAGUCUUCUAUGAUGUGACUCCAUCUGAGGUGAGAACGCAGAGCGGAGAUUAUGAGAAAGCGUUUGCCGAACUUGAGAGAAGAUUCGAACGAGAUUUGGGGAUGGUGCAAAAAUGGAGGGAAGCUAUGGCACAGGUGGCUGAAUUCUCUGGUUGGGAUGUGCAGAACAAGCCGCAACACACUGAGAUUGAAAAAAUUGUUGAAAGAGUAAUAGAUAUUCAACAUUGCAAAUCAUCAAAUUUAGAUGGUUUGGUGGGGAUGCAUCCGCGUGUGGAAGAACUAGAAAAGCUUUUGGACUUUGACUGUAGUAGCGAUGACGAUGAUGUUCGAGUUACAGGCAUAUGUGGGAUGGGCGGAAUAGGAAAGUCAACGCUUGCUAGAGUUGUAUUCGAAAGAAACUUGCAUCGAUUUUCUGUUACUUGCAUUCUUGAUAACCUGAGUCAAGUUUUUCAUCGUGAUGGUCUUGUUGGGGCGCAAAAGCUACUUGUUUCUCACAUUCUAAAAGAUGAAAUGCAACAUAUGUGGAGUCUUUCCAAGGCAAUGAGAUUGAUGAAAGCUAGAUUGUGCCGUGUGAAGGCUCUUAUUGUUUUAGAUAAUGUUGAUAGCGAGGACCAAUUAGAAGAACUGGGUCUGAAUCCCGAAUACUUAUUUCCUGGGAGUAGAAUCAUCGUAAUUUCGAGAGAUAAGCAUAUCUUAAAGAUGAGCGGAGUGGAUGAAAUUUAUGAGGCUCAACUUUUGAACAAGGAGGAAUCAUAUCAAUUGUUUUGUAGAAAAGUUUUUAGAAGAAAUAAUUUCAUGUUACAGCAUUGUGACGAAUUAUUGGUAGAUGGAGUAUUAAAAUAUGCUCAAGGCCUUCCUUUGGCAAUUGAAGUUUUGGGAUCAUUUCUAAAAGAGAGAAGUAUGGAUUCAUGGGAAUCUAUCUUGUCUGAGAUGAGAGUUUGUCCACCACAUGAGGAAAUUAUGGACGUGCUUAAAAUUAGUUAUGAUCAAUUAGAUUGCAUGGAAAAGCAAGUAUUUCUUGAUAUUGCUUGUAUCUUUCAUGAUGGUAGUGAUAAGGAAGAGGUAAUGAGAAUUCUAGAUUGUUGUGGAUUCUUUGCAGACAUAGCAGUUUGCAACCUUCAUGAUAAAUCACUUAUAACCAUUAAUAAGAAUGAGGGUAUUGAAAUGCAUGGCAAGCUCCGGGAGCUAGGCAUGGAAAUUGUUAGAAAGGAAGCACUCAUGGAGCCAGGAAAGAGAAGCAGGAUAUGGCGCUUUCAGGAUUUCCUAAAUGUUUGCGAAAAUAAGGCAAUGGAUUACGUUGAAGCCAUACGCUUGGAAUCACAAACAAUGGAUGAGAAAAAUACAACGCUAAGUGUAGAAGCAUUAUCAAAAAUGAAUCAACUUAGACUGCUGAAAAUCAAUGAUGUGAAGUUUUCAGGAAACCUAAGCUGCCUUUCCAGUAAAUUGCGAUAUCUUGAAUGGGCAGAAUAUCCUUACACAUAUUUUCCACUAAGUUGUGAGCCGUCUAACCUUGUUGAGUUAUCCUUACCACAUAGUAGCAUCAAACAACUAUGGAAUGACAUAAAGUGUUUGUACAAUUUGAAAUCUGUAGAUCUCCAUGGCUCUCAAAAUCUUAUCAAAAUCCCAGACUUUAGCAAAGCCCCAAAUCUUGAGAUGCUGAAUCUUGAGGGGUGCACAAAACUUGUGCACAUUCAUCCAUCAGUUAGAUUUCUAGAAAAACUCAGUUAUUUGAAUUUGAAGAAUUGCACAAGUUUAGUGAGCAUCCCCAAUCGUAUAUUAAGUAUAAGUUCGCUUCAAGUCGUAAAUCUUGCAGGUUGCUCAAAAUUAUGGAAACAUAGUAGGAAGCAAAGCUAAAUACUUUCGUCUUUAUUCUAAUAGAUAGUGGACACAGAAAUUCAUUUGAUUGUACAGACAAAGAUACAAUUUUUUCUUUCUUUCGUUUUUGAAAGAACAUGCACGUACAUUCUUGUGUUAGAUCUUAAUUAGCACUAAUAAAGGGUUCAACAUAGUUUGAUUUUUCAUCUUUCAUGUAA